AUGUCGCUGCGCCAAGAACUCUCUUCCUGGCUCGCCCCAGCCCCUGUCAAAGUCUCCACUCCCCCUCAGAUCGAUCGGCCUGCCCCCUCGUGCCCAGAGCUCUCCCUGCCCGCCACAAACGGCAAACCGACCAUCAUAUUGUUUCUCCGGCACUGUGGCUGUCCAGUCGCUGAGUCGGACUUUUGCAAUCUGCGCACAGCAGCCACACAGCAUCCCGACAUCAACUUUAUCGCCGUGUCCCACAGCGAUGAACCCUCCACGGUGAAGUGGCUCGAUGCCGUAGGGGGUCGGGGCGAGUCCGGCCCUAAUCCCGUGCAGCUAAUUGUCGACGUGGAGCGCAAGCUCUAUGCUAGGUGGGGGUCGGGGGUCACCCCCUGGAGUCAUGUCUUGAGUCCGACCGGACUGAUGAACAUCGUGAAAUUGGGCCGGGAAAAGGGGAUCUGGAAUCGGCCCACGGAGAGUGGCAGUCGCUGGCAGGCCGGGGGCUUUUGGGCGGUCGAUGCGCAGGGGUUGGUGCGCUGGGGCCGGCCAGCACAGAGAGCCGAUGACAUGAUGGACUUGCACCAGGCCGUGCGCGCGGUGAGACAGGGGUAG